CUUCUGAUUUUUGUUACAGACGAGUCCGAGAGCAAAGAAGAGGAUGAAGAAGCCAAACUGAAUGCUGCAGUCAGCAGUGCGCCUGCUGCUGCUGAAACAGACGAUGGUGCUCCACACGCUACAGGAAAUGGAGUGGCCUCUGAGGGCACAGGUGAAGCUGCAGGCGAGGAUGCUGACAGCGACAGCGACAGUGACGAUGACGACGACGAUGUCCGCGUCACCAUCGGCGACAUAAAAACUGGAGCACCGCAAUACGCGCCUUAUGGAGCUCCACCUGUCAACCUCAACAUAAAGACACCAGGCUCCAGACCUUACGGACAAGUUGCAGCGAAGCUAAAGGGCGUAGAUCUCGACGCACCUGGAAAUAUAAAUGGCGUUCCUGUGCUGGAGGUGGACAUGGAGUUGUUCGAAGAGAAACCCUGGAGGAAGCCAGGAGCCGACCUGUCCGACUACUUCAACUACGGCUUCAAUGAAGACACGUGGAAGGCGUACUGUGAGAAACAGAAGAGGCUGCGUAUGGGCCUGGAGGUCUCAACGGUCGGCUCAGUGACGAGCAAGAUCACCGUGCAGCAGGGACGGACAGGUAAUGAAAAGGACAGUUUGCCUGUUCACACCUCCAAGCCAGACUUCACUUCUCCUGUCAGCCUGUACAAGUCUGCAGUCAGUCAGGUCACCAGGAUCUCUCCCCCUCAGUGGACUGGCCCGCCUGAUCAGGACAUGUUCUAUUAUACGAAGACGAGCGGCACCAUAGACGUGAUCGGUGGACAGACGGCCACGAUCAGCCGGGUGGAGGGACGGCGCAGACACAACCUGGAAGGAAACAAUAUCCAGGUGAUCUCUGAGCACUCGACGUCCGAGGCUGAACCCGCUCCCGCUAAGAUGCCCACGUUCUUCCCUCCUGGACCACUUCCUCCGAACAUCCCCCCGCCUCCAUUUCUCCCUCCGCCACCAACCGUCAGCACUGCACCCCCGCUCAUCCCCCCGCCCAGGCUGCCCAUCACCGUCCCUCCUCCUGGUUUUCCUCCUCCACCGAGUGGGCCUCCUCCUUCUAUUAUCCCCACCAUGGACAGUGGUCAUCCUGGAGGUUAUGAUGGACGCUCCGUCCCUCCGUACCCCUUCCCUCAAGGUGCUUAUCCUCCACCCAUGGCUGGAGGCGUGCCUCCUCCAUGGCCCCCGUUGAUGGACAACUCCAAACCGUGGGACUACUAUUCUCGCCGGGACGACAAGCGAGACAAGGAGAGAGAAAGACCCCGAGAGAGGACACACGAGCGGGAGAGAGAGAGGGAGCACAGCCCUUCAGCCAUGAGCUACACGAGUGACGAGGAGCGGUACCGUUACCGCGAGUAUCAGGAGCGUGGUUACGGAGAGCGCCACCGCGACCGGUCGAGCCGAGAGAAGGAGGAAAGACACAGAGAGAGGCGGCACAGAGAGAAAGAAGAGGGACGCCACAAGUCUUCUCGCAGCAGCAGUAGCAGGAGGAGGCACGACAGCGAGGAAGGCGACAGUCACCGGAGGCACAAACACAAGAAGAGCAAGAGGAGCAAGGAGGGCAAAGAGGCCAGCGAGGAGAUCAGCGCAGACCAAGAGAACCAGGACGGCAUGGAGUAGUGACCACAACCGCCCCCGCCCCCGCCCCCGUCCUCUCCCUCUGUUCGUCUCCACGGCUACAAAGAGAGAAAACCAGCGAGAGACCGACGAAACCAGAAGAGAGUUGCUGUCACUCCCGUCUCCAUCAAUCUCCAUCCUCCUCCAUCCCACUGUCGUCCAUCCUCACCGUCACUUCAGAAUUGAUGGAGCAGAGAAGCAGGUGAUGGGACGGACGGUCGCCCUCCCUCCCUCCCUCCCUCCUUCCUCCCUCCUCAUCAUCAUCAUCAUCAUCAUCGUUCUUCCCGUCAGUAGCCGACACCGGACAGAGCAUCAAUCAACCACGUUUCCCAGCCCGGGUCCUCGGAGCAGUACAAUUAGAUCAUGCUCAGAGAUUUCACUGUACAUUCAGGAUGAUUCGCGGAAUUUUCUCUUUCUUUCUGUUGUUUGUUUUUCGUUGUCCUUAUGUUCUCGUCCUGUACGACCUUUAUAGAGAGCUGUGUGUUGAGUUCAAUUAAAAAAAAAAAAACACUUUUGAUAA